UACUCGUGGAUGUAGCAAGACGCAGGGCUCAGGACUCCGUACAGCGCAAUUCCAACACAAAUGGAUAUUUCCGGGGCUUUGUUAUACCUUUUCCUUUUUUCCGAACCAGUUUUGGCUUUUGGGUCAGAUGAAGACUACCAAAUUGAUAUAAUUAAUGAACUUGACUUGGCAAAUGCUACCUAUGGAAUUACCCAAGUGGCCGGGCUUCACAAUAGCAGCAAAGCCUUCAUAUUUCGAGAUGUUGGGAGAGCAGUUCAAGCCCCGGCACACAUCACAGAGAAAGUCAUGCAGCUAUUCAGGAGAAAAAGUGAAUUUACCUUUAUAGCCUCCAUCCAACAGAAGUCCUCAACAUCAGGUGUCAUAUUCUCCAUCCAUGAGUCAGAACACAGCUACUUUCAACUGGAGAGCAGCGGCGUUAGAGAGGAGAUCCGUUACCACUACCGCAUUAAAGGCAAGCCCCGCUCAGAGUCCUUCCCCUACCGUCUUGCUGAUGGCCAGUGGCACAAAAUUGCCCUCACUAUAAGCUCCUCCCACCUACUGCUGCACGUCGAUUGUAACAGGAUUUAUGAGCGGAUUAUAGACCCUCCUCAGAUGGAGUUCACACCAGGAAGUGGAGUGUGGCUGGGCCAGCACAGCCACAAGCACGGCCUAUUCAAGGGCAUUAUCCAGGAUGUGAAGUUUGUUUUUGCUCCCAAUGGCUACAUCACCCAGUGCCCAAACCUUAACCGUACCUGCCCAACCUGUAGUGAUUUCUUGAGCCUAGUGCAAGGUAUUAUGGACCUGCAGGACCUACUCGCCAAGAUGACCCUCAAGUUAAAUUACGCCGAGUCCAGGCUGACUCAGCUUGAGGGAUGUCACUGUGAGAAGACCUGCAGUGCAAACGGCCUCAUCUACAGGGAUAAGGAGCUGUGGGUGGAGCCUGAAAAUUGCAGGAACUGUGCAUGUAAGAAUGGAGUGGUAGAGUGUCGCAGGAUUUUCUGUCCCCCUACAAAUUGCUCAGACGACUCAUUGCCAGUACAUGUGGAUGGGUCCUGCUGUAAGAAAUGCAGACCAAAAUGCAGUUACAUGGGACAGGUCUUUUCUGAGGGUCAGCACUUUUUAUCCAGGAACUGCAGGGAAUGCAAGAAUGGCCUGAUGGUAAGAGUUACAGAAACCUGUCCAGAGCUCAACUGUUCUGUCAGUGAACAGAUAUUAAGGGAUGGAAGAUGCUGCAAUGUUUGCCAAGGUUAUGACUUCUGUGCAGAGGGGCUCAUCUGUGGAGAAAACUCAAUGUGUAAAAACCGGGAUACUAAAGCAGAGUGUGAAUGCAAGAGUGGUUAUGCCUCCAUUCAUGGGGAUUCUACUUACUGUGAAGAUAUUGAUGAGUGUACAACCCAGAUGCAUUACUGUCAGUCCAACACAGUCUGUGUCAACUUGCCUGGCAGCCAUCGCUGUGACUGUUUGCCAGGCUUCACCCGAGUGGACGAAUACUCUUGCACUGAGCAUGACGAGUGUGCCAGCAGCCAGAACUCAUGCGAUGAGAAUGCCAUCUGCACCAAUACCAUUCGAGGACACCUGUGUACCUGUAAGCCAGGCUAUGUUGGAAAUGGUACCAUCUGCAGAGCUUUCUGUGAAGAGGGAUGCAGGAGCGGCGGGACUUGUGUGUCUCCCAACACAUGUGUUUGCCCUUCAGGAUUCACAGGACAAUAUUGUGAGACAGAUAUCAACGAGUGUGCUGAGGGCCUGAUUGAGUGUCACAACCAUUCUCGCUGUGUCAACCUCCCUGGCUGGUACCACUGUGAAUGCAGAACUGGUUUCCAUGACAAUGGCUCAUAUCUGCUUGAUGGGAGCUCAUGCAUUGACAUCGAUGAGUGCAGCUUGCAGAAGCACACCUGCUGGAAUGAUAGUGUGUGUGUGAAUCUACCAGGAGGCUACGACUGUGUGUGCACAUCAGGUCCAGGCUGCACUGGGGACUGUCCACAGGAAGAAGUUGUCAGAAGGAACAGAGAAGACUGGAAGCCCAGCUAUGACAUCUGCACUCUUUGUUCCUGCAAGGAUGGGCAGACGUAUUGUAGAAGGAAACCAUGUGAGUGUGGAGACCCAGAGGAGGAUCUGUUCUGCUGUCCCAGUUGUGACAACAGACCCAACAGCCAGUGUUUGGACCAGAGUGGCCGCACCCUCUACCGGAGCGGAGCGUCCUGGCUGUAUGGCUGCCAGCAGUGCCGCUGCAUGGAGGGCGAGGUGGACUGCUGGCCUCUGGUUUGUCCUGUUUUGAUGUGCGAGUACACAGCAGUGGCAGAGGGUGAAUGCUGCCCGCGCUGCAUCACAGACCCCUGCCUGGCUGACAGUCUGUCCUAUGACAUCGGACAAACGUGUUCGGACCACGCAGGCAUCACUCGCCUCAGUGGGGACACGUGGCAGAUGCCCAACUCACCUUGCACCAGCUGCAUGUGUAAAAAUGGAAAUGUCUGCUGUUCGGUGGAUCUUGACUGCCUUCAGAACAACUAAAGCUCUGCUUCUUCUCAAUCCUUUCUCUCACUACCUUUCCUGACUCCUCUUGCCACAGGGCCACCACGACCACUCCUUGUUAAACAAUUGAGCCCUUGUUUGUUUGACAGACUUGCACAUUCAUGUGUAUGUCAGUGUGUGCACUGAAAACACAAACACACACUGGUUGAGACAUUGAGUUUUUUUCCACUUGUAACUCUGUUGGCGGGACGUGACUGUGCGUAGCUCUCCAGGAGCCUAAGGUCGAAGCUACUCACCUCCGUGUUGUACGUCUUUGUGAUUUUCUUCUGUUUGACCAAACAUGUUUUAGCAAUUUUCUAUUAUCUUCUAAGCCCCAAACCAGAUCCAAAUCACUGACAGCUGUCAUUGAGAGUUUUAAGAACCUGGUAAUGAGGUCAAUGAGAAUUCUUACAGGGUGUUGUUCUAUACAAUAUGCAACCAACCUCUGUAGACCAGUGUGGCCCACCAAAACACAAACUUUUCUUUGCAAAGAAUCAAUCUGCUUAAAUUAAAGAUUUACAAAUAGCAAUAUUUAAGUUAAAAACACGCACAAUGUGGGGAAAAGUGAGGGUCGAUUGGAUGUGAAAGGAUAGGGCUGCCUAUGGUAAUUGUCAAACAGUGUAAAGAUUUCACAGCAAUAUCUCAGUUGACUUAUGCCAUGCAAUACCAAGCUUUACCUCAAGAAGCAAUAGUGAGUCACUGUAGCUUCUAGUCAGCCCUCACCUCAACAUAAGAGUGAACAAGAGAACAAAACCCAAAUUUAUUUAGAAAACCAACAAGGUGUUAGCAAUUGACAAAAAAAAAAAAAAAAUCCAACCAUUACAAAUGAAUUGUCUUUUUAGUCAUAGUUUUUAUGCGGCAAUGAUCCUAGCUAAAAUAUGAGCUAUGCAAAUAGGGAAAAAACAUAAUUAUUGAUAUGACUCGUAAGUUAACACUAAAUUCAAAUUGUAUACUCUUGACAUGCAUUACAUUGUUUUAUUUUAUUUUUUAUUUCCAAAGUAGAAGGUAUGGAUUUUACAUUGUAACUUCUUACGUAUGCUACCUUUAAAUGCAAUGUGUACAUAUUUGUAAAAAUGUAUAUCCCCUCAACACGUAAAUCUGAAUAGUCUAGGUUUUUUCGCACAAUAUUUGACAAGGAUAUGUGCACAAAGAUGCUCAAGCCUACACCAGGCUACAGGCCUUUUGAUGUGUGAGUAUUGGCCCUCCCUCUCACUGGGGAUGUAGUGGGGACUGAGCUAUUCACAUUUUGCUCUAGAAUUCCUUCUGAAGCUUCAGUGCUUCUCUCUGAUAAAGUUGACUGUCAAAUAACUGCACGUGAUUUCCACAGUGUAUUGAAGCAGUGUGAUGAUGUGCCACAGAACGCUGUCGCCCGGCAGCAGCGGUAGACAUUGAUUAAAUUGCUGGACAUUGAUGUUGGUCAAAUUGCUCUGUCGUACCCAGGGCUGCUGAGCUCUUCAUUUAUGCCACCCAUGCAAUGACAGCAAGACAUAAAAAGGGAAAUAGAGAUAAUUAAAGCCCCCUUCGUCUGGAUUUGAGUAUGCCAGCAGGUCAUAGUGUGUCAAAUCUGUUUACAGACGGUCACGUUCAUUAAGAGAGAAAAUGUCAGUGCUCUUUCUGCAACACAACAGAUGUUCACACCCCAUAUUCACUCGUGUCCUGUUCUCUAUCAUAUUGAUGUUAGUCUUGAGAGGACUCGUUUUCCUUUAGUGGUCCCUUUCAUCACACUUUGAGUCGAUCGCUGUCAGUAAUAUUUGUUUUUCCCUCAAGAAGUGAGCUGGAUUCUCAACACUAUCUGUGAGCCCUUAAAAUUAAUUAAUUAUGUCAGAUUCUCUUGGACCAUGCAACGUAACAUCUGGUUUGCCAGGGUCACGGUUUUGUAAGAUGACAGUUACUGUAUUCAGAAUGAUUGUCAGUAACAGCAGUGCAGCUUAUUUGCACAGUUCCACUACCUAAUGAGGUUCAAUACAAAAGCUGUUUAUAAUAAUAACAAUGUUAUGCUCCUUACAAGGAUAAUAAUGCUCAGUUUUAAUUUUAAUGCCUGGAGGUGGGGCUCGAAGGCGAGCGCCUGGUGGCCGGGCCUGCACCCAUGGGGCCCGGCCGGGCACAGCCCGAAAGGGUAACAUGGGUCCCCCUUCCCAUGGACUCACCAUCUGUGGGAGGGGCCAGAGGGGUCGGGUGCAGCGCGAGCUGGUGUGUGAGGUCGAGAAUUUCCGACUAGAUAUAGUCGGACUCGCCUCCACGCACAGCUUGGGCUCUGGUACCAGUCCUCUCGAGAGGGGUUGGACUCUCUUCCACUUUGGAGUUGCCCACGGAGAGAGGCGCCAAGCAGGUGUGGCUAUACUUAUUGCUUGGCGCCUGUACGUUGGGGUUCACCCCGGUGGACGAGAGGGUAGCCUGCCUCCGCCUUCGGUUGGGGGGACGGGUCCUGACUGUUUUUUGUGCCUAUACACCAAACAGUAGUUCAGAGUACCCACCCUUUUUGGAGUCCUUGGAGGGGGUGCUGAAGAGCGCUCCCACUGGGGACUCCAUUGUUCUGCUGGGGGACUUUAAUGCUCACGUGGGCAAUGACAGUGAGACCUGGAAGGGCGUGAUUGGGAGGAACGGCCCCCCCCGAUCAGAACCCGAGCGGUGUUCUGUUAUUGGACUUCUGUGCUCGUCACGGAUUGUCCAUAAUGAAUACCAUGUUCAAGCAUAAGGGUGUCCACACGUGCACUUGGCACCAGGACACCUUAGGUCGCAGUUCAAUGAUUGACUUUGUGGUCGUGUCAUCGGACUUGCGGCCGCAUGUCUUGGACACUCGUGUGAAGAGAGGGGCGGAGCUGUCAACUGAUCACCACCUGGUGGUGAGUUGGCUCCGAUGGUGGGGGGAAAUGCCAGUCCGACGUGGCAGGCCCAAACGUAUUGUGAGGGUCUGCUGGGAACAUCUGGCAGAAUCCCCUGUCAGAAGGAGUUUCAACUCCCACCUCCAACAGAACUUUACUCGUGUUUCGGGGGAGGCGGGGGGCAUCGAGUCUGAGUGGACCAUGUUCCGCGCCUCCAUUGCUGAGGCAGCCGACUGGAGCUGUGGCCGUAAGGUGGUUGGUGCCUGUCGUGGCGGCGAUCCCCGAACCCGUUGGUGGCCUUUUUGGCCCUAGAGGAAAUUCUGGUCUACCAUCCGGCGUCUCAGGAGGGGGAAGCAGUGCACCAUCAACACUGUGUAUAGUGGAGAUGGGGCGCUGCUGACCUCGACUCGGGACGCCCCUCGGUGAGGAGAAUACUUUGAAGACCUCCUCAAUUCCACCGACACGCCUUCCCAUUAGGGAGCAGAGUCUGGGUUCUCUGAGGUGGUCUCUCCUAUCUCUGCGGUUGAGGUCACCGAGGUGGUUAAAAAGCUCCUCGGUGGCAAGGCCCCGGGAGUGGAUGAGAUUCGCCCGGAGUUACUAAAGGCUCUGGACAUUGUAGGGCUGUCCUGGUUGACACGCCUCUGCAACAUCGCGUGGACAGUGCCCUGGAUUGGAAGACUGGGGUGGUGGUCACCCUUUUUAAGAAGGGGGACCAGAGGGUGUGUUCCAACUACAGGGGGAUCACGCUCCUCAGUCCUCCCUGGUAAGGUCUAUUCAGGGGUGCUGGAGAAGAGGGUCUGUCGGGAAGUUGAAUCUCAGAUUCAGGAGGAGCAGUGUGGUUUUCGUCCUGGCCGUGGAACAGUGGACCAGCUCUACACCCUCAGCAGGGUCCUCGAGGGUGCAUGGGAGUUUGCCCAACCAGUCUACAUGUGUUUUGUGGACUUGGAGAAGGCGUUCGACCAUGUCCGUCAGGGGGUCCUGUGGGGGUGGUUCAUGAGUAUGGGGUACUGAACCCCCUGAUACGGGGUGUUCGGUCCCUGUACGACCGGAGUCAGAGUUUGGUCCGCAUAUCCAGCAGUAAGUCGGACUCGUUUCCGGUGAGUGUCGGAUUGCGCCACGGCUGCCCUUUGUCACCAAUUCUGUUCAUAACUUUUAUGGACAGAAUUUCAAGGCGCAGCCGAGGCGUAGAAGGGGUCCGGUUUGGUGGCCGCAGGAUUGCAUCUCAUGCUUUUUGCAGAUGAUGUGGUUCUCUUGGCUUCAUCAAGCCGUGACCUCCAACUCUCACUGGAGGAGUUUGCAGCUGAGUGUGAAGCGGCUGGGAUGAGAAUCAGUACCUCCAAAUAUGAGACCAUGGUCCUCAGUCAGAAAAGGGUGGCGUGCCCUCUCUGGGUCGGGGAUGAGAUCCUGCCCCAAGUGGAGGAGUUCAAGUAUCUUGGGGUCUUGUUCACGAGUGAGGGAAGAAUGGAACGGGAGAUCGACAGGCCCAUCGUUGCAGCGACUUUGUAUCGAUCCGUUGUUGUAAAGAAUGAGCUAAGGCGAAGCUCUCGAUUUACCGGUCGAUCUACGUUCCUACCCUCACCUAUGUUCACGAGCUGUGGGUCGUGACCGAAAGAACAAGAUCCCGGAUCUGAAAUGAGUUUCCUCCGCAGGGUGGCCGGGCUCUCCUUUAGAGAGAGGGUGAGAAGCUCGGUCAUCCGGGAGGAUCUCAGCGUAGAGCCGCUGCUCCUCCACAUUGAGAGGAGCCAGAUGAGGUGACUGGGGCAUCUGAUUCAGAUGCCUCCCGUACGCCUCCCUGGUGAGGUGUUCCGGGCACGUCCCACCGGGAGGAGACCCCGGGGACGACCCAGGACACGCUGGAGAGACUACGUCCUUCGGCUGGCCUGGGAACGCCUCGGGAUCCCCCCGGAAGAGCUGGAUGAAGUGGUUGGGGAGAGGGAAGUCUGGGCAUCCCUGCUAAAGCUACUGCCCCCGUGACCCUACCUGGAUAAGCGGUAGAAAAUGGAUGGAUGGAUGGAUUUAAUUGUAAUGUACACGUGUAGAGCUCCAUUGCAUCAUGCUGAUAGAUGCUCAUUCACUUGCCCCAACUUAUAUCUACAUCUGAGGGAAUCAAACUUUUGACAGUCACACAGUCACAGGCCACAUCCUUAACCUUUUGAAAACACCCUAUUUAGCCACAAUAGAGGUGUAAAAUAUUAGACGCACCUCAGUAUGAUAUAAUUCUGUACCACUGCAAAGUACAAUAAUUUACAUUACAUUAAUACCUUCCUCUGAAUUAAACUGCUAAAAUUGUUAUGUUUGUAUAUGCAAAAUAUCCGAAAAUAAAAUGUUGAUAGUAUUUGUAUAUCAUUGGUUUGUGCAUGUGCACCUCCCUAAUAAGGCGGUUAGUUCGUUCAUGAACAGCAUUUUUGCGCUGUGGACAAAUUCAACCUAGCAACUUCCAAAUAUUUAAUUUGGUUAUUUUUUGUUCCUACGAAGGCACCUAAAUUAGAGACAAAGCUCGUCAGAAUUGCAUGUGCAUUCUUCAAUUUCCAAAAUUCCCCUUCCUUUGACCUUCCUGUGUUGUGCAUGUGAAACCUGAAGGGUCAUCUUGUGAUAGGUCAUUGUGCCUCCGGAGGGGACGGUGGCAUGCAGAGAGCUGCGCCACCGCUUUUAGUUUUCAGUCACGGUGACCUUGUCUCGUCUGUUCACCAUGGCAUCUAUUCGUAUCUCAUAGGGGCGUAUCUUUAUGUAUCUUCCUUCCCCACUACCGCGUUUGUAAAACUGAAUUUGUUAACUGUGCAGUCAGCAUACAAAUGAAAAAAAAAAAGUUAUAUUCGUGGUAUCUGUUCUCAUUGAAGUUCAACACAGCAGUCAAAUGCAGACAUUUGUAAAAACAUCACUGAAAAUCUCUUUUCUGGGCACGCUGUUGAUUUAUUUGAUAUGAAAGAUUGGGGGGGAAAAAACUACUGUAAACACAUUGCAAGUCUGUGUAAAUGUUUUUACAUACUGACGAUAUGAUGAAAGUAUAGAUUUUUCUAUUACUAUUGUAUUCAUGCAUAAUGUGUUCCUUUUAGUGACUACUUUUUUUCCCUGUAUGAUUGCUCGUUUCACUGUAAAUAGAUUGUAAAGUGAAGGGGUCUGUAAAGAAUAUAGAGACUAAUGUGAAUAAUUCUCAUUAACUAGAGCUUCUUAGGAGUGUUUUGAGUCCAGUAUGAGAAGCAAGUUGUAUAUUGUUUUUAUUCCUAGUUAUUUUUCUGUUUGCCUUAACCCUUUUAGUAACUGCCAUAGUUUUUCUCUUCACCGUUUUAGAACAACUUUAUGGAUUAGACUAGUCUGUGUGUUUUUGUUUGACUGACUAAUCACUACACUGACAAGCCUGAUGGGAGACAUCUCUGUAGGAUAAUCAGACAAAAUAAAACUAUGUACACAUACAAAAAGAAAGAAGGAAAAAAAAUCUAAAUUCAGUGUUGAGAAAAAAAUGUUCCUGAGUCAUUUCCACAACAAAAUAUGCCAUUGUGUUGCUCUAUUAUGUCUAACUUGGAAAAAAUAAAGAAGAAGAAAUAGCUUUGGACCGUCUCGAUCCUGAUAUGCUUCGUCAUGUUUUUGAUAGAUGAACACACUGGAAAAAUUCACUCAGUGCAUUAACUGUUCUUGUACUCAAAGGGUUAAGUGUCAUUUGACUUGAAGACUGUGUUGUGAUAAGAGUUUGCUGUAAAACAUUCUGCAGUUAAUAAAUAUUUUAGUUGUU